CCUAAAACCCAGCGAGCGAAUAUUUAGGCCGCGACUAUUUAUUCGCCACACCAAACUAUUCCCACCUUUCAAACCCUAACACCCACUCUCCUUCCAUCAUCACCCAGCUCAGUUCUAGCGAUAGCUGAUCUUGGAGGAGAUAUAAAGACUAUAACUUACAUACAGGUAACAGUGACUAAAAUAUCCAAGUUUCGAAGCUAGUACACUUGCUUGAAAUGGAUCAUCAAGGAAAUGGGCAACCACCAGGUAUGGGAAUUGUGACCAGCUCUGGUGCUGCGAUGGGAUAUGGAGCUCCUUCAUAUCAAUCAAACCAGAUGACUGUGUCCAUUCCUGCUGCAUCUCCCGGUGCUAUCCAAUCCCCUCAAACCGUUGGGCUUCCUACCUCCUCUGCUCAGCUUGCGUAUCAGCACAUACAGCAACAGCAACAACAACAGUUGCAGCAGCAACUUCAACAGUUUUGGGCAAAUCAAUACCAAGACAUCGAGCAUGUUGCUGAUUUCAAGAACCAUAGCUUGCCAUUGGCUAGAAUUAAGAAGAUUAUGAAGGCGGAUGAGGAUGUUAGGAUGAUAUCUGCAGAAGCACCAGUUGUUUUUGCUCGGGCAUGUGAGAUGUUUAUCCUUGAAUUGACAUUGCGUGCAUGGAACCACACCGAGGAGAAUAAGAGGAGGACACUCCAGAAAAAUGACAUUGCGGCGGCCAUCACAAGGACUGACAUCUUUGACUUCUUGGUUGACAUUGUGCCAAGAGAGGAUUUGAAAGACGAGGUGCUUGCAUCUAUCCCUAGAGGGACUCUUCCUGUUGGAGGUCCUACUGAUGUUCCAUACUAUUACAUGGCACCACAGUCUGCUUCGCAGGUAGGAGCCUCGGGGGGGAUGUACAUGGGUAAGCCUGUUGACCAAACUCUUUAUGGACAGCAGCCCCGUCCCUAUAUGGCUCAGACAAUGUGGCCUCAGCAACAACAGCAACCUCCAUCAGAUUCUUAAGCAUCAAUGGACCAUGAUGAAAGAUAAUGUACUCUGGGAGGGAUUAUAUGUGUAUGCAACAAACAGUAUAAUGGAGAUCUCAUUCACCCCAGAAUAAACUGCCUGCCACAUAAUACAACUCUUGAUACAUACAGGAUAACAUUUGAAGAACCAAGUGUGUGUUGGUUCUUGUUUUUUAAUACCUGUACUGCUGCCUGCCUGUCUGGAUGCAAUGAAUUAUGCAUUAUGCAUUAUGCACUUUCAUUAUAUUUUCAAAAGAAUGCUAAAUUUGUGAUGUGUUGUGAGUUUGAAGUAGUGCACAGGUUUAUCUUUAA